AUGACAAGAACACUUUUGUCACUGCUGGAAGAUGAUGAAUUGAUUGAUGAAUUGAUUGAUGAAAUUGAUGAAAUUGAUGAAAUCGAUUACGAUCUUCUACCGCUUGCGGAUUUCAAACAACAGCAACAACAACUCGAUCAUACCCAGAUACCAGCAAGGCCCAAAUCAGCACCACCGCACUUGGACAACAUGCGAAUAUGCCUUCCACCAAACAAGAAUAGCACUAAUCGAUAUACAAAUGAGCUAUUUGACGCUACAAACAAUUUCAUUGUCAAACAACGGCGAAGCAAUACUAUACGGAAUUUAAGCGAUUAUAGAGUGAUACCGCCAGACCAAAAGUUUCUCAACUGCGUGGAAUGGAACCAGAUGGAAGAAGUCAACUUUGAGUUGGAUGACGUGACCAGGACCAGAGUGUUCAAUAAUCGAUUUAAACGACCUAUUGAUGAAAUCAAUCCCGAAUUAAGCGAGUACUUUAGAAUACAUAAUAAUGAUAACAAGGAAAAUUUAAAUAAACCUUACAAAGUGACGAAAAAGACACCUGUUUUGAGUAGACGUAAAAGUCUACCAUUGGUUGAAACCAACAAUAUUCAGAGAAAAGCGCUCCUGCCAUUCAAAAACCAAUCAGCUAAAGUUGCCACCAGGCCAUCUCCUCCUCCUUCAGGAGGCCCAUGCGAACCAAGACACCAAUCCCUUAUGCCAUCAAAAUCUUGUCUUAGCAUUGAGGAGGCGAAAGUUUACCUUAUUGAGUCACUGACAGGAUUAGUUAAUCAAGCAACAGAUUUCGCUACUGAACUUAAUGGGUGCACUAAUGAAUCACUACCUUUUCCUGAACAUGAAAAUGAAGUUGUGCAAAUACCUACAAACUCUAAUGAUGCUCAUCAAAUGGCAAUAAUACGAAUGUUUAAUUUCAAACUAGAUAAAGCAAGAAAGGGCGUACGAACUGGAUUUUAUUCAGAAAAGGAGUUUAAAGAUUAUCAAGCAAGGCUCAAGAAACAACACGCCAAAAGUGCAGCACGUGAUGCUGGAGUAGAGAUUGUGUCUCAAUCUUCAACCCUAGUUGACGGAGAAGAUAGUAGUAAGCCUUUAACAAAGAACAAAGGAGUCAAAUGGGCUGAUAAACUCGAAUGGUAA